AUGCCGGUGACACAGUUUGCGCAGAUAAAGCCAGGACUACUCGUUUCAAUUGUCCUCAAAGCGGACCAGCGAACAGGUAGACAAGUCCAGGGCACGGUCUCCCAACUUCUCACCCGCCAUAAUCAUCCGCGAGGCAUCAAAGUGAAGCUGACAGACGGCCGAGUCGGGCGUGUGCAGCAGAUCCUCCCUCAGACACAGCACAACAUGUCGUCCAACAAUAACCCGUGGUCGAACACCGAGAGCAGCGGGAAUCCUUACACCUCUCCGACGUCCCAGCAAAACCAAGGGGCCGCUCAAGGGUACUACCAAUCCAAUCCCUCGCAAUAUCAGUCACAGCCACAGUCACAUGGACAUCAACAGCCACAGCAACAGUCGCACAACACUGCUCCGUCGCAAGGCAUUCACCGCUCUGACACCGAACAGCUGCUGGCACAGCAGGGCGAUCGCGCAGCACAAGUCGAGCACAUGCAGCAGUACGAGGCAAACGCUCCCCAAUCAGAAGAUGAUCGCAUUCAAGCGCAGCUGCAGAAAGAGUUUCCCAACAUUGACAGCAGUUUGAUCGCUGCGAUCUACGGUGAGAGGAAGGGACAGGGUGAUCUGGGGGAGGUGAGGGAGUUAUUACAAGAGUUGAAUACGAGUUGA